AUGGGACCUAAGAAGAAGUGGAACCCUCCUUCACAAUCCAAACCACCAUCGACGGCCAACCACGCAACCACCAGUGAUGGAGGACCACCGAAUACCAGUACUUCCGACAAUCUUCGUGAUGAACAGAGUAAUGCAGAACAGCUCGAUGAGGAUGCGAUCAAUGCUGAAUGUGAGCGGGCGCUCGCUGCUCUUGGCCAAAGAAACCAAACCGAAGCCCUGAAACUCAUCAAAGAAGCAUGCGUUCGCUACGAAAACUCCGCUCUCGUACACCACACUCAAGCCUCUAUACACACCAGAAUCGCUACUCAAAUCGAACACUAUGACGCUUAUCAAGAUUCCUUGAAGAAUGCUCUCGAUUCUGAGGAGAAAGCCAUCUCACUGUCGCCCAACGCGAUAAAGUUAGCGCAUACGAGCGCGAGUUUGCUUUUUCGAUUGUCGAGCAACGUUAAAGAUUACGAGGAAGUUGUGAAAGAAUGUGAGCGAGCCCUAUCGUUGUUUAGUUUACCGCAAGUUGAAAGAAUUUCGCAACAAGAGCUUGAAUUUGUGAAAGAACAAUUGAAGUCGACUUUGGAUAAAGCAAAGAUUGGGCUGAUCGCGACUGGGAUGAAGAAUGUCGGAACUGGUGAUGUUGGGGAGGAGACGUCUGGGUUUAAAGAGGAUCUGUUAACAAACAUUAAGAACGCGUACAAGACUGUUGAAGAGAAGACGAAGAAAAUCGAGGCUCUUGUAGAAGCUGCGAGACUUUUGCAGCAAAGGCCUGAGACAGUUCAAAAUAUUGACGAUGACGCUUUUGGGUUGACUGGACCGCUUGGCAAACUCCAAAACAGCAAAAAAAAAAAGGCUGCUUUGAAGAUGAUCAGGUCAAACACGGGCAAGAUUGGAAAGGUUCUGGAGUUUUGGAACUCUAUGAAUGUGGAGGAAAAGAGAUGGUUGCUCAGACCAAGAAUUAACGAUGUUAGGGUGCAUUGCGCUGAAGUCAAGAGUGUUUUGGCGGCAGAGGAUUUCCUGGGCGCUAUUUGUUAUGCUGAGGCGGCUCAUACUUGGAAGUACUGGGAAUGUUGCAGGCAUGUGGGGGACUUAUCAGGAAAGUCGCAAGCAUUCCUGCCUAAAGAAAUUGAUGCUCAUUCUCUGGAGAUGCUACAAAAUGGUCCGUGGAUGCCUGUGGAUACUUCCGAGGCAUUCAGAAUUAUUGAAAAUCAAUCAAAAGACCCGGAUGAUGAGAAUUGGCCAUUGUCUGAUCAUUCUGAGCGUGCAGAUAUCCUUGAAAGAAUCCGUAGCAAGUUCCUGUUGCGUCUGCGACAUAAAUGGGUUGCUCUGAGCUAUCUUAUGGCAGUGAAGCACUAUGCUCUGAACUUGCUGCUAUGGCAUGAUUUGGAUUCUCAGAUAGCUGAUGAGUCGAAUGUCAAUCAAGAACGGGAAGUCAGAGCAAGAAUUGUGUUACAUGGUGAAACAUUGUGCUUCCUUUUGGAUGAGAGUUUACUGCGUGCUGAGCUUACGUUGUACAGAUAUCCUAAAGCUGUCGUGGAUGAUGCAUCUGCGACAAUGUUUGCUGUUAGUGAUGAUGAAGUUGAUGCUCUGGCAGAUGGUGAUGGUUUUAUAUAUUGGUUGUUCGCUGCGGGUUUUACAAUCGAAGAUGACCUAGCAUCAUGGAAACGCAAUAAAGAUGGUAAGACUCGCCAAGGGAUGGAGAUUUAUCUGAUCCUUAAGAUGAGAUUUUCUGAGAUAGAAAACAAGUGUUUGAGACGAAAUGAGCAUUUGAUCCACUGCGAAGCAUUACAGGCUAUUAAAAGGAUCUGUACUGAAGAACUUAGUAAAAGGGAGCAAGGACCAAGUUAUAUACCUCAAACUUUUGAGUCCCUCUUGAAAAAGAGGCAAGAAGAACUUGUUGACAGGGAUGACGAUAACAGUAGAGCUGAGCUUUAUGCUGUGGGGAAAUUUUUUGAAGAUGAAGUACCUCAAGCUAUGAACGUAAAUGAGGAUUAUGUGCUUCAAGAAGACAAUCGCAUAAGAAAUGUAAUUUUAGUACAAUUGCAGCAGAGUGCACAAGAGAAUUUCGAAAUUGAUAUGGAUAUCCUGUGGACUUUUACCAAGAUGCAGCAUCUGUAUUUCCAACUUGCACAAGUAUCAGUUCACGACUACCGUUUAAUUGUAGCACCCCUUCUGCUGUCAUUCAUGCGGGCACAAGUGGAGGAUCUGGUUCAUAAACAUGCAUUGUGGAAGACAGAUGCUGCACGGGCAGCAUUGUUAGCAGAGAUUGAAUCUGAUGCCAGCAAGAAUCCUACCAAGGGAUACAAUCAGGUGAAACGGAUGGAGGGAAAGUUGAAGGACAAGAAAAAGAAAAAAUACUACAGAAAGGCCAAGGAUUCCAAGGCUGCUAGUGGCAAGUCGAAACACAUGCUACAAGAGACAGAUACAGCACAAGCACCCGGAAGUCAACAUAAGUACAAACUCCAACUUGAAGCUGAGGAAAGAAUGCUUGAAGAGAAUUUGGAGCGUCAAAGACAAAUUGAGAAUGAGGCUAAACAGAAGCAGCUUGCUGAGCAAAACAAAACAGCUGAUGCAAUAGCACCAGAGGUGACGGAAUCAUUGUCAAUUGAACCUCAAAUGCCCAAAGAUUUUGCUGGUGUUCCUAUGAACAAGUUGGAGGGAACUAAGGUCUCCUCCCAGGUUUCUGGUGGAAGGACUGAAGGGACAAGUUGCUCUCAAGGCGAUUACCCAGAUUCUCAGAUUGGUGCUUCUGUAAGUUCUGAUGAAAUUAUAGACCAGGAAUUUGAACAUAGGUAUAAUCUCCAACUUGAAGCUGAGGAAAGAAUGGUUGAAGAUAAUUUGGAGCAUCAAAGAGAAAUUGAGAAUGAGGCUAAACAAAAGCAGCUUGCUGAGCAAAACAAAACAUCUGAUGCAAGAGCACCAGAGGUGGCGGAGACAUUGUUGAUUGAACCUCUAAUGCCAAAAGAUUUUGCUGGUGUUCCUUUGAACAAGUUGGAGGGAACUGUCUCCUCCCAGGUUUCUGGUGAAUGGACUGAAGGGAGAAGUUGCUCUCAAGGCAGAGUCAAGACUGUUUUGCAUACUCUGAAACUCAUGAAGGUGUUAUAUGGUCUUCUUAUCGACAGACUGGAAGGCAAUGUAUCUGGAUGAACAGCUAAAAUACCCAAUAACAAUAAUUUUUGGGAUAAUAAUGCUAUAAAACCACUAAAAAACAGAGUUUGCACAGAUUAUAAGAAGAAUCACUUGACUCAAAAAGAUAGCAAUAAAUGCUCAAUAAUUAUAUAAAAGAACUAACACUCCUCUGGUCUAUCUUUUUACUCCCAAAAAUAUCAUACUUCAAGGAUAUCCUUAACUGC